AUGGCCACUCCCAUCGACUUUAACAGUGUGCUAGAUACAUCCAACCUGAAAGAUCGUUCGGUGCUUCUCACUGGCGCAGCAUCUGGCAUUGGUCUAGCCUGCGCGAUGAAGAUGGCCGAAGCAGGCGCAAUAGUCACCAUGGCUGAUCUACACGAUACGGCUGGGGGCGUCAUUCAGGAUCUAACCACUCGAGGCCUCAGGGUGCAGUUCGUACAAUGCGACAUGACAUCCUACGAAGACCAAGCCUCCAUGUUUCAGUCUGCAAUACACUAUGGAGGGCAGAUUGAUGUGGUGAUCCCAAAUGCAGGCAUCCUUGCCGAGAAGAAUCUCUUCGACAUGGUGCCAGCCACGUUGCCAAACCCAGGAGACACACCACCACCUCCUCCAAGCUUUGCUUGCGUGUCCGUCAACCUUCAGGCAGUAUACAAUACCUGCUAUCUGGCACUACAUCACUUCCGCCUCCCGCGCACAGCAGCAACAACUUUCAAGCCCAGCAUCGUUCUCAUCGCCUCGCUUGCAGCCUACAUUGGAUACCCAUAUAGCACCACAUACAGCAUGUCCAAGUUCGGUGUUCGAGGACUUCUGUACAGCCUACGCGAGCGCGCCAUGCACUCUUCGAUCCGCAUCAAUCUUGUUGCACCCUGGUACGUGGAUACCGGCAUCGCCAAGCAACCCGACUUUGUAGAGGACAACGGCGCUGUUCUUAACAUCAUAGGAUUUGUAUCCAUGGACAGAGUCGUGGAUGCUGUGGUGAGGUUUGCUUCGGUUCAAGAGUUGUGUGGAAGAAGCGUAGGCAUCUUCCCCAAGGGCAGCGAAGAUCUUCUCGACGAUCUGGAAGGUGGAUACGGCGGCGCGAUAGUGAGUAAACAUAUGCGCGAGGUUCAAGCAGUCGUUGUGCAGGAGAUGCAGAAACAGAUGCAAACGUAG